GUUUUGACGUCUGGAGCACUUGUUCUGGGACCAGGGCAGUGGGUUGCAUUUCCUUUGCACCUUUGGACGUUCGGUUUGGUGGUGGCUAAGUUCUUAAGCAACAGGCUUGAGGAAGUAGCCGCAGUCCUCUCGGACUCCUUCAGUGGAAGGAGCUGCUCCGUACCGCGCCGCCCACCCUGGGCCAGAGUCUCACUUGAGCCGCCCUGGGGGCUUGCCUCCUGCAGAGGCAGUCCUGCCAUCCUUGGCGAGCCCUUGGAGUGUGUCACAGCACUCACGGCCAGAAGGUACUGGCUCUGAAUCUUGCCUCUCGUUCUGGUCUGAAGAGUGAGGACUUCUUCCUUCCAGCUGCUUGUGGUGGGCUUACUAAGCCGUCUUCCCCCGGGUCUUCUCUUUCCCAUACAUUCUAGUUUACUGGGCUUUUCCUUCCCUUUCAUUUUCUUUUCUUCUCUCCACAUACUUCUCUUCUGCUUUGUGUCCCUUUCCUUUUGAGAGCCCUGAAUGUGACCUAAUCUUCAGGAUAGCGGGUGACAGGGAGGAGUUCUGGAUUAUACCUGGGUAUCCGGUCUGAGCAUCUGGGUGAACAGAUUUCCUGCUUUCUAGGACUGAGUGGACUGUAGAAAGAGUAGGUGGGGAGGCAUAGUGGGCACCAGAGAGAGGCUGGGCAGUGGGCAGUGCGUAGAGGUGCUCCCCAUCAGGGGGAGUGUGUGGGAGGGAAGAGGGUCAAGGAGGGAACCCGGGAAAUGUCAUUAAGAGCCAGGCAGAGAGCCCAGAGCAGAGGCUGGAAAGGAGUCGUGGGUGAGAGGACAACCAAGAAAAUGUGAUGGCCCGGGGCCCUGGGCAAUCGGCCUUCCAGAGGUAGGUGGCAGGCGCUAUCGAAAAGUCAAGUGGAGCCAGUGCCUGGGCACUGUGGGCAGCCUCCACCAGACCGGUGUCGGGGAGCAGUGGGAACCAGACCAGAGACGAGGGCUCUCCCGGGGAGUGGAUGGUGAGAAAGUGUAAAGAGCUCUUCAAGAGUGUCUCUGUGGCAGAGGGAGGGUGAGGGCGCGAGAGCCUGGCUCACUGGCCCUGGGAGCUGCUGCGUCCUGUGUUCUCUGGCUGACUCCUAGAGGGGGUCCCGCGGAGCUGAGCAGGGUCCUGGCUGAAGAGGCCUCAGGCUGCCUCCCUCCGCAGCAUGAGUCCCGGGAGAGAGCCCCACGAGAGCCUGUGGCUCUUCACAGUGCCCUGCUGGGCGCGCAGGCCCACGGGUCCCCCUCCCCCGCCCCGCAUCUCUUCCAGGGAGGCCCCUGACUUCAUGGCCGGGUCAGGCCCCUCCCUUGGAUCUCACAACCCUGAGUAGUGCUGCUUCAUACCUGCACUACAGUGCUAGUUUUACACGUGAAUGUGAAUCUUAAAUUUAUCCACACCUGUGUCCCACCAGCCUGGAGGCUGUGUCCACGCAGGGGCCUUGCCUACUUUGUGCUGUAUCCUCCACACAGGAGAAUUGCCAGGUGCCUGGUAGGUUCUCAAUAAACUGAAGGGAAGAAGAGAAACGUCAGUUUGGUGAAGCAGGUAGACACUGAUGAGCCAAGGGCCGUGGGGGCUCCCGGCGAGGGCUGUUCCACUGGGCUGGAGGGGCGAGCCUCUGCCUUUGCCAACGAGGUUGAGGUCGUGAGUGUUCUGUCUGGGGCUGAUUUCUGUUAUCUUGCCGUGCCUCUGUCCACUGCUUACUUCUCUCCCCUCCAGGCCUCACCUUCCCCCAUCAGUGGCCCCCAGAGUUGAGUAGGGCAGCUGAGACCUAUUCUUUUCAUCUUGCUUUGCAGCCUAAACCCAUUUUCCCAUUCCCCCAAGUUCCAAGCAUGUUGGAAGUAGAAAAAAACAAAAAGCCCCCCAGGAGACGUACAUCCUCAGGAUCAGUGGGCCAGGAGUCCCCUGUGUGUGCUGACUCUCCCAUGAUCAGAGCCAAGAGCCCAGCUGUUACCCUGGUUUCUCCUGACUCCAAUUUCAGCACCAGAGCUACCAACACCUCUUGUGGACUUGACUGGGGGGUCAGGGGGUGCCUGCUGGAGACUGAAGUCAAACUUGAUUUUGGAGAUGUAGGCGAGAAGGCUGGCGGUGGCCACAGGAAGGCCAGACCCUGUGGCUCCCAGAAGGAGAGUGAGGGGAGUCUGUCCCUACAAAGGAAGAGACCCUGUUCCCUCUCCAGUGACUGGCCAGUCCCUUCAUCUGACCGAGUUUGCCUGGAGGAGCAGGAAGACAGUGUCCUAGGCGCACAUGUCUGCAGCAAGAGGAGACUCUGCUCCCUGGGGAGGCCUGGUCUUCACCCAGCUGCCUCCCAUGCAGAGUGUGAGGCCAGUCCUGAGCAGAAUGGACCAAAGAGAAAUGCCAGACUCUCUGGCCUCAGAUGUGUACUUGGACAGGAGCCUCCUGUACAGCCCAGGAAGGUGUCCAGUUGGAAGGCACAUGGACGGAGAGAGCAGGGGGAACUGGCAGGAAAGAAGUCCAGGGACCCAGUGCUCAGCUCUGGCCAGGCCCCUUCUGCCCGGGUGCUGGUCCGGGCGGCCAGUCCAGACAGGCUGGAGGUGGGCCAGCCUCGGGAGAACGAUGAGGCAACGCAAGCUGAGGUCCUCAUAGCCCGUCUGGCCAGAGAGGUGCGGCGCCUCAAGAAGUGGAAGAAAAGGCAACUGCUUCCCGGUCUGGGGGAGAAGUUGCCUCUCCUGAGCCUCCAGAAGCCACUCUGCAUGAAGCAUUCCCUGGGCCCUCUGGACAUCACAGGCCAGAAGCCCACAGUAGACGUCAGACAAUUCUUUACUUUCAACUGCAAGAACAUCUGCCAUGUCACCUGCAGUCUGUGUCACACCAGCAUCAGACAGAGCAAAGUUAAGGGUCAGUCCCAAACCUCGGGCCUCCUCCGUCACUUGCCUUCUUUGCUGAUAAAGCCCUGCCCCUGCUCCAUGAGGCCAUGGAUGAGCAGGUGCUUCAGGAGAUGCAGUGGGCUCAGGGCAGCUGCGUCCACCUCACCAUGUCCACAGCAGCCCGGGAUGCAGUCGUGGACUACGUGGCCAUCACUGCCCACUGGGCGGCAGUACAGCCAGGGAGCCGGCAGGUGGUGUCUGGAAGCCCGCGGAGGACAGCGGUGCUCUGGGUCCGAGGCCUGCCCGUGGAGAGCACCCAGGAGGAGAGGCAGCGGGGGCUGCGGGAGAAGCUGCCUUGACUCUCUGGUGAGAAACUUUCUGCAUCACCAUCACAGCAUUCAGAUCAUCCUGGGCACAGCCAGGGCCAUCUGCAGUCAUUUCCAAGGCUCUGCAGAGGCCCGGCGGCUGCUCACCCAGCUGCAGCGGCAGUGUGGCCUCCCAGAGCACCAGCCCUUUGGGGAGCUCGCAGCCAACUGGGUCUCCGACUACCACCUGAUGGAGUGGCUGGUGGAGCAGCAGCGACCGCUGCAAGAAUAUGAGGAGAAGCACCAGCUGGGUAAGGCCGGGAUGGCCCUGUCGGCCAUGUUCUGGAGCCUGACAAACAGCCUGCUCACCCUCCUGCAGCCCUUCCAGCUGACGAUCCGGGAGGCGAGUGCGGCACGGGCUGCUUUAAGUGAGGUGCUGCCUCAGCUGCGCUACCUGUACAUCUUCCUAGAGCAGGUUCCCGGGCACUUCGGGGAGCAGGGAGGCAAGGAGAUGGGCGCAGCCGUCCGGCUGGCUGAAGGCUUGGCCCUGCAGCUCUCCACAGACUGCCAGCUGAAUGAGCUCUUCCACCGCGAGGAGCUGGUGCUGGCCACCCUGCUGGACCCCCGCUUCAAGGGGAAGAUUGAGGCCAUCUUGCCUGCGGGGGCUGACAUUGACCACUGGAAGCAGGUUCUUGUGUACAAGGUGAAAGAGAUUAUGGUGUCUGAAUGCCCCCUGCCCGCUUCACUCUCCCUGCAGAGUCCCAAGGCUGUGUGUGUGAACGCCACCUCAAGGGGCAGCAUUGCCAGGAGCCUCAGGGCUGAGGGCCAGGGCCAGAAGGAGCCUGGGCAGCAAAGCAGCAGCUCUGGGUCUUUGCUGCUGGCCCAGAGGGAGAAGAGCUUGCUGGAGCAGCUGGAACAUGUGGGGCUGCUGGCAUCCAGGGAGAGUGGAGCCUCGCUCUUCACUGAGAACCACUUGGCCAGCAUUGUUGUGAAGAAGUACCUGCAUGAGAAUGAGACGAUUGGUGCCCAGGAGGACCCUCUGACCUACUGGGAGAAAAGGCAGGAGGUCUGGCCGGCCCUGGCAAAACUGGCCACUGUCUAUCUGACCUGCCCUGCCACGGGAGCCUCGUCUAGACGUGUCUUUGCCUCCCUGGGCAGCCCUGCCCUUGUGGGGCACAACUCCCCUCUCCCAGUGGAGACAGUUGAGCAUCUCCUUUUCUUGAAGACCAACCUGGAGAAUUUCCCCAACUACACGCGCCCCCCCCUGGUCUUCCCUAGUGGAGACCUGGCCGAGGGAGAGCAGAGCAGUGAGUCUGACCUCAUGGUCCACGGCCCUCAAAAUCUGCCUGUAGGGACUCGGCAGUAGAUAAGAGGAGCGCACAGAGUGGUUAUCCUAGGGCAUUAGAUAGGGACAGCCAGAAUCUUUAAACCGGUCUGGAAAGGGACAAUUUCUCAAUUCUUGACAGAUUACCUUUUUUUUUUUUCAGAGAGGUGUCAUUUUUCAUCUGCUGAGUGUUUAAUCUAUUUUUAGUGGUUUUUGCACAAAACAGAUUUCCUUGACUCAUAAGUGACCAUGAGUUGUACAAUGCAGUUUUAUAAACCGCACUGCUCUGAAAUAUUGGCGGGUCUUCAGGGCUCUACCCGCAGCUCGCCCAUGUGUGUCAAGUGAGGCAUACCCUUAAAAGGGCUGCUUCUUAAAAAGUGGCCAGAGACUAGAGGAGGCCUCGGCAGCUGGGAAGUCUGCUCAGCCGCCCAGAGCCUGGUAAGCCGUGGGAGAUCCUUCUGAGAUUGUUUGAGGAGGGAGAGGCAUGCACACGCAUGUGCACGUGCCCGUCGGCUCCGGGUCUCUACUUCUCGGGUCCCAGAGCGGCUGAGGCCCCUGGCUGGUGGGACUGCCCAGCCAGUGAAGGAGACUGACUGGAGGAGACCUGAGACGGCUGGUCCUCAGAAAGCUCUCUCCUGUGGUUUGUUUCCAGGCCACUGAGAACCUGAGGGCUUCUUUCUACAGAGAAGGCAGUGUCAGGCCCGCCAGGCUCUGGGGGGCUGAGCUUCUGUCCCACCCACAGUGCCAGUGCCUCUCUUUGUCCCUGGCUCCUUUUAAAGGGCAACCCCUACCUUGAAGCAAGAAAGACCCACUAGUAGCAGAUUGCCCAGAAUUUCCGUAGAGCAGAGAGCAGGACCUGAGCACAUGGGGUCCAGGAGCUGCGGGAACCGGGUGGGAGCGGAAGGGAGAGGAGUGCUGGGGGCAGGCCUGUCAGCCCCCACAGCCCAGCUCUCCUGAGCUGCCAGCGCGCUGGGAGAGGGGCUCUGGGGAGGUGGGGAGAGGGAGGGUGAGGCAUCCGAGGCCUGACUUAGACUUUGGCCCUGGCCGUGGGGAUGAGCUUGGGACACCUGUCCACCUGCCUCCCGUGGAGGGGUUGGCCGUCGUGUGCACACUAUGGCUAAUUGACUAUAGGGCAUUUGUAAGUUACUGAGAAUAUAAGGAAGCAGGAAGAAUGAACCAUAUCCUUCCAUUCAGAGCCUCUGUUAGUACUUUGACACAUUUCCUUUUUCUGCCUUGAAACCAUGCCCUCUGUGCUACUUAAUAUGCUGUGUUUCUGUCUUAGCUACUAUAAUAGUGGUGUUUUCUCAAAUAAAGCUUUCAUAAAGAUCAUA